GGAUCCAGACUAUAUUCCUGCGCAGUUCCUCAUUCUACUUUCCCCGGCAACACUAUUCCGGGAACGGUCGGAGCAAAGCAGAAACCGGGCAGGCAGGCAGGCAGGCAACAGUGAGGGGAGCCCGGUCUCCGAGCAAGAAACGACGGAACAUUCGCCGGUUUUCAGAGCGGAGAGUAGAGAGGCGUGAGGGAUUACGCAGGGAGAGUAGAGAGGGCUGAGGGGUUACAGGGGGUGAGUUGGAUCAGGAGAGAUAUUAGAGUAGGAGCGGGAACUCCAGAGGGAGUGAAAGUCUGAAGAAGCUCUCGAGUGUCGGGGAGAACGGAAGAUACGAAUCGAACGGGGAGAAGGGAUUGGCUGGAGCGAUCUAUCCAGCAAAUUGCAGCCUUCUUUCCCCAUGACCUUUGGAGGGGUGGGUGGUGAGAGAGUGCGUCUAUUCUGUAUUUGACUAUUCCCUAAAGGUCGGGCACACAGCCCUCCGGAAACUGCCAUGCCCAAGCUGAGCCGGUGUUGUACCCGCCGGUUGAGCCUCAGGUCAGCGCUGUGCACGCUUGGCGUAAUCUUGUGCCUCUGGUUCCUGGCCCUGAGUGAAAAGGUCUGGCUGUCCCUCGGGCUGGUGAAGCCAGGCGCUGGUGCAAUGCAGGGGCACUUCCUCCUUGUCGAGGAGAACUCCACCUGCUGGCAGAUCAUCCAAGGGGACAGGCAGGAGGUGGAAAAGGCCCUCCUCAAUUCCAUUACCGUCUCCCUCAAGCGCCAAGCCGUUACUGAAGGUGAUUAUCUGGACAUGACCCGAAAUUGCAAUUCCUUUGUGAGGGCCCGCAAGUAUAUCACUGUCCCCCUCAGCCCUGAGGAAGAAAACUUCCCCUUGGCUUACUCCCUGGUCAUCCACAAUAGCAUUGAGAUGUUCGAGAGGCUUUUACGAAGCAUUUACGCCCCACAGAAUGUCUACUGCAUCCACGUGGACCGCAAGUCCCCGAAUCAAUUUCAUGCGGCCGUCCGGGCCAUCGCUUCGUGUUUCCACAACGUCUUUGUCGCAGCCAAGCUAGAGUCGGUCACCUAUGCUGCCUGGUCCAGAGUUCAGGCAGAUCUCAACUGCAUGGAGGAGCUAUUGGAGAGCCCUGUCCCCUGGAGAUACUUCAUCAACGUGUGUGGCCAAGACCUCCCCCUGAAGACCAACCGGGAGAUAGCUUUGAGGCUGCGAGCUAUGAACGGCUCCAACGUGAUUGAGUCGGACCCCCCGCCACGGUACAAAAAGAAACGUUGGCAAUACCACUACGAUAUCCACAACCAGGUGGUCUUGACAGCGCAACUGAAGGACCAACCGAAUAUCAGCUCCCCUGUUUUCGUGGGCAGCGCCUAUAUCAUGGCCACCAGAGAGUUUGUCAGCUACGUGUUUGCCAGUGCUGAGGUCCGGGCCUUCCUCAAGUGGUCAGAGGACACUUACAGUCCGGAUGAGCAUGUGUGGGCGACCCUGCUGAGAAUGCCCAAUGUGCCUGGCUCGAUCUCGUACACCCAAAGAACCACCAGGACCCUUGGUCGGGCAGUAAAGUGGUCCUUUGAGGCAGGUGACAUCACAAGGGGUGCCCUGUACCCUCCCUGCACAGGAAGGUACCGCCACUUGAUUUGUGUGUACGGGGCAGGAGAUCUACAGUGGGUCGUCCACCAGAGACCUUUCUUUGCAAACAAGUUUGACCCUGACAUGGACAACACAGCCGUGCAGUGCAUGGAGGAAUAUCUCCGAAACAGGACACUUGGUGAAACUGGAACUGGGUUGGGGGUUGAGACAGAAUAAGUCUCGGCAAUGGUGGUGGGUGAGACAUUGGAAAUACAGUGCAGACCAGGCACUGAGACUGGAUACUAUAACACUGGUGGCUGUAAUAACCGGCACUGAGAGACUGGGCACUGUAAUGUUAGACACUGUGGAGACUGGGCACUGAAAUACUAGCCACAGUAACACUGGGUGCUGUGAGACUUAGCACUGUAAAUGUUAGGCACUGAGACUGGACACUGAGAGAUUGGUUUUGUAACCAUCAGUAUUUUUCUUUUAUUUUUCUCAUUUUUGGUUCAGAACUCUGAGUCGAAGUUGAGAAUUGAACUUUGAACAGCAGCUUUUUCUUCUUUCUGAACAAACCAGGAAAGACAAAAGACUGUUUGCUGUUAGGAACUGGCCUGGAAAGAUAAUGCAGAUGAAUUACUGUUCUUAAGGACAGAGUAGAUGUUUCAGCACUGAGAUGUUAUUCUGCUCGGGUGAAAUGUUAAAGGGUUAAUAUCUGUUCUGCUGACAUAAGAAAUGUGGUGCUUCGUGGGUGCCCCUGUCUCGCAGACAAAAAGUGGUAAUCUAAUUAUACUCUGCUCUCUGUAAAUGCUAAAAGGAUAAGGAACUACCUUGUCUUACACAUUGU